AGCGAACACAUGGCGCGCGCGUUUUUUUUCCGUGCUCCUUAUUAAUUUAGUCUUCAUGUCGGCGAGCGCGAGUCGCUGAGUGUCGUCUGUGCGCGCGGGUCGUGGAUGAUGCAUGGCCGGUUGGUGCUGCGGUCCGAAGUGGAGCUCGUGAUCCAUGCCCCGCCGCCCGCGCAGACAUGUCCCCAGCAUCGGCCGCCGCGGCCACGGCCACGGCCACGGUCUGCGCGAGCGCAACCCCGGGAGACGAAGCGGAGAGCCCCCGCGAGGAGCAGCGUCCCCAGAAGCAAUCCCUGAGCAAAGCCCUGUGCCGUGAAUCGCACUGGAAAUGUCUUCUCCUCACCCUGCUCAUGUACGGCUGUGUGGUGGCCAUGACCUGGUGCUCGUUAACGAAGGUGACUCGUCUCACCUUCGACAGCGCUUUCAAAGGGAAGUCAAUGAUGUACCAUGAAAGCCCUUGCUCCAAUGGCUACAUCUACAUCCCUGUGGCCUUCCUGCUCAUGCUCUAUGUUGUCUACCUGGUGGAGUGCUGGCACUACUACAUCCACAGUGAGCUGCAGUACAAGGUAGAUCUUGAAAGCAUAGCGGAACGGGUUCAGCGGAUGCAGCAGGCCACCCCUUGCAUCUGGUGGAAGGCCAUUAGCUACCAUUAUGUACGCCGGACAAGGCAAGUGACCCGCUACCGGAAUGGAGAUGCCUACACAACCACACAGGUUUAUCAUGAGCGGGUCAACACGCAUGUGGCGGAGGCUGAAUUUGACUACGGGAACUGUGGGGUGAAGGACAUCUCCAAGCAGCUGAUGGGUCUGGAGGGAUUCCCCAUCACCAAACUUCGCUUCACAAAGUGCUUCAGCUUUGCCAAUGUGGAGUCAGAGAACUCUUACCUGACGCAAAGGGCCAGGUUCUUCACAGAAAAUGAAGGUCUGGACGAUUACAUGGAGGCACGUGAAGGGAUGCACCUCAAAAAUGUGGAUUUCAGGGAGUACGUGAUGGCCUUCUCUGACCCUGACCACUUGCCAUGGUAUGCGAGGCACUGCACAUUCUGGAUAGCAGCCGUAAUGACACUUUCCUGGCCCUUGCGGGUUUUGAUAGAAUACCGUACAGCUUACCUUCACUACCAUGUGGAGAAGCUGUUUGGCUUUGAUUAUGUCCCUGUCACACCUUUGGACGAGCGGCCGUAUUGUCGGCAUAUCCCUCGAGUCAACACCAUCGACAGCACGGAGCUGGAAUGGCACAUCCGUUCCAACCAGCAACUGGUGCCUAGCUAUUCAGAAGCCGUGCUGAUGGACCUUGCACAGCUUUCGGCCUGCAACACAUAUUCUUCCCGCAGAGUUAGCGGCUACCGGCAGAACUGCGAGCGCUGCCACAGGGCCAUCAGCAGCUCGUCCAUUUUCUCCCGCAGCGCCCUCAGCAUCUGCAACAACAGCAGUAGCCCCCGCCUGCCCUUCAGCGGCAGCCGCUUCUCUCUGGGACGACUCUACGGCUCCAGGCGAAGCUGCCUGUGGAGGAGCCACAGUGGCAGUCUGAAUGAUCCGGGCUGCCCCACCGAAAGCACACGCUGCCUAGCAGGUCGUCCUGGCCAAGAAGAGGACAACCCACCCUCACCUCCAAACUACCAGGAUGCUCUGUACUUCCCUGUUCUGAUAGUGCACCGCAACGAAGGAUGCCUCAACCAUGACCACCGCUCACUGCAUCGCAAUGGCUCAUGCGUGGAGACAUCUUUAUGACCCGUGCUUGAGGUUUGCAAAGCGUUGACGUUUGCUAGGAAUUUCACUGACCUUCUGGUUGGGGACAAGAGCAUGAUCACAUCUCUAUGUGUUUGCUGGAAUCUUGCGGACACAGGUAUAACGGGUUCGUAUUGAGGAAUGUACCUUCAGGGACUGUGUUUGGGUCAGAAUGAAAAGUCUUUCCCAGAUGCGGAUAAUAAUGAAACAUUUACUCCCGUUAGACUUUAAUAAUGAAUGGAAGGCACUAUUUAGAGGAACUGGGACUUUUCUUUUGAACUUGCCUGUCUGGGUCAACAAUAUGACCAUAUUGCUGGAUAAUACUGACUUUUUCAACAAAUACAGAGCAAAUGCAGGUCCAUCAUAUGCAUAACAAAAAUAUAAGUAGCCAGUGUACGGUAAUGUUUCUGUCAUUGUAGAAAUGCUACAGCAUGAAGGAAAAAAUUAUUCUGCUUAUUCCGUCCCCUGCAGGCAAACUCGUCUUUUUGGCUCACCUUGUUAGCUUUAGUCAUGGUCCCCAGUAAUAUGAGAAAAGAAUAAGAUACAGGUCCUGAGUCUAGGAGAUAACUGUCUUAACACUAACUUUACCUUUCAUAUGUUUUGGUAAAUUGUACCAGUAAAAAGUCCGGGAUAGGUCCUGUCCUGUGCCAGGGGAAACUCCAGAGUCAGUUCUGAAGUAAAUGUGGCUAUAGUGCUGAACAUGUGAAACUCUACCCUCUGGAAUUACUGUGUUUUGUAAAAGCUGAAUUGCAAAAAACGGAUCUUUCCUCUCUCCUGCGACCAUGACAAGAUGACAUAAACGGACAGAUUAGCUACGUAAGGCAUUUUACCUCACGCCACUAACUUCUAAUACAUCUGACUUGUAAAGCAGAGAGAGAGAAGAAAUGCAAAAAAAUGCUGGACAUGUGUAAAUACUGCAUCUCCAAAACAGUUUUUCUUCCUCUCCUAUUUAUAACGACGGAGUCAUUGCUAUGAAUAAUUUAGUGCAGGCAGACUAAAGGACAUGAGAAGUUCAGACAGAAUACAUCAUCUCAAGACAUUCAAAGGUCUGGGAUGCAGCUGAUCGUAAUUACUGUUAAUAAAUAUACUUUUUAAAUCUCUUGCAUAGUUUUCAGCACAAGAAUAUUUGUUUUGAUACAGCAUGAAAUCACUUAACUCCUUCUCCUCUUUCUUCUUCUUCUGUUCAUUUUUACAGUAAUUUAAGUGCCUAAAGUUAGUUUUUUUGUAUCAGCACUUUGGUUAGGCUGUUUAGAUGCUGCCCAUUUUUCAUGUGAUUUAGGCAAACGUGAUUCUUCCACUGCAUCGGAUCCAUCAUCAUACAGGGCGCUAAUUAGGCUCGGACUGAGGAAGGAAGGGAAAGAUAAAACCCUAGAUCUGCUGAAACGUAAAAAACCCUUCUGCUGAAAUGCAGAUUGUGUUGUAGCUAAUACUAGACUGUGAUACCAGAAUAUACAGAGCUUCAAACAGGAAUAUUACAGCACCGCUGCCCAUUUUGGACACUUUAGAGAGUCGUAUUAUUCCAUAUCACAACUACUUGAAUCGAAGAUAGACAGCUUUGUUAUAAUUACACUGUGGGUGUUUUUCCACUGCAGAAAGUACCAGAACCUUUGGCACCAGUAAACUGGAACUGUGUUCUCCAUUGGCCGUCGGUGCAGUACAGAGGGUUCCAGUUUUAUUGUUGUUGGUACCAACAGGGCCGAAUGGCUGACUCCGCUGUCUUUGCUAAGACUUACAGCUAAUACGUUCUAACAGUUUGUUUUUACUUCUCCAGGUGAAUAUAAAGUCACCAAGUGCUGUUACCAUCAAUAGGUGCACCAGAAAUCAAACUGGUGACUGGAAUGUUGAUGUGUUCACUGCUAAUUUUAAAAUUACGAUAGAUGAUAAAUGCGAACUAUCCAUUUGAACUAGCCUUCAUCGAAUGAGGUGUUUUUGACGUGCUUUGGGUUUGGUUAGACAUUUAUGUGAGUGUGAGCACAGAAUAGCGCAGUACAUUGUUUCCCAGCAAUACAUAAGCCAACCCUUAUUAGCCCAACAAUAACGGACGCAAAAGGUCAUUAAUUAGCCGAAUGGGGUCUUUUAGAGUGGCAUAAAAUGACAAGACAAUACAAAAUGGUUCAAGCUGCUGUCAGGUAGGUGGACAUCCUUUGUUUUCCAUUUGGGUCACUUCUUCUUUUUUAACGUGCUGGUGAAGAGCACCCAUCGUCCAGAUCUUCUUUAGCAGGAGCUAAGAACUUCAUGUUACUCACUUCAGCCCUGUGGCAUUUUAGUUAUUGCUUUCAAGAAGGGAGUUCUUGCAUGUGGCUGUUGAAUUUGUGAUGUGGCUUUAGAAUUUGAUCGUUGGCUAUUAUUAGCCAGAUCUUGAUAUCAGCGCUAGCUCUUCAGUAUAACACAAGUGUGGCUGUGUUCAUGAAAGCGUUCAAUGAAUCAUCUGAGAAUAUGUUCUGCAUUCUCCUGUUCUGUUUCUUAUUGAACAGUGAGCACUUCUCAUGCUACUUAUUUAGCUGUCAUCUUGUUGCUGUUGAAAGAAAACCUUCUCUAUAUGUCCCAAAGUAUCCAGACUCUGACAUAACGUACAUGAUCACCACCGAAAACAUUGACAAAUAGAAUGGGAUGCUCUGGAGCAGUUGCACAUGAGCUUAAGGUCACCAUGCUCAAUGCCAAGUGUGGACUAGUGAGGUUUAAAGCCCCCCAGCACUGGGCUGUGGAGCAGUGGAACUGUGUUCUCUGGAGAGAACCUUUGGGAUGAGUUGUAGUGAUCCACAACUGAUCAUCCAACAUCAGUACCUGACCUCACUAAUGCUCAGACAAAUCCUCGCAGCAAUGCUCCAACAACUUGUCUAAAUCCUGUUACUGUGGCAAAGAGGGACAAACUCCCUGUUAAGAUGCUGGGGUCUACAAACAUUCUGACAUAGUGUAUCAUAGAAGCCUUUAUUUGAGAAGGAAAAACGUUUUUAAAUGUAAAAGUAUGUUAAUGUAACCUGAUUUUAUUCUAAGUGAUUUUGGACCAUUCAGGCCAUCAGAAUUCAUGAAAUCUCAUGACAAUGAUCUGUUAGUGGACAUGCCAUCCUAUCACACUUCUAACUCGUUGUUUUACGUUUUUCCGCAUUAGCCGAGUCUAACCCAACAUACACAGUUCAUAAGUAUCCCAUCAUGCAUUGCUGAUGGGGUAAAAAAAAAAAAAAAAAAACG